AUGUUCCAACGUGUAAAUUACUACACAGAAAAGGGGCCCAAAUCAGACCAUACCCACCGACAAACUUUCAUUGGCAAUACAGCCACCGCCCACACCCUUCUGGAUCGCUCGCAUGGUCCAUAUCCCCACCGGUGUGCAGUUGAUGAUUCUUCUAACGCCGACGGAAAAAACGUCUUCGUGAUCGGGCCGACAUGGUCACAUAUGUCUCUUCCCCAACUCGCCAUUGACCGAGUGCUUGGUAUGUUUGAUAUAUCGCCGAUCCAUGCAUAUAUGUCUUUGCAACCACAAAGACCCGCGUAUUUCCCGAAUCCAGCAGCACCGUUAUCAGCCAGGCUGUUCGCGAAUGGUUCCACAGCUGCCCCAUUCAUGUCUGAUGAUGACACAAGCGGCCCGUUUGGUGUCAGCAGCUCUGUCGUCACACAACCGAUUCAUGAAGCUGCCCCUGCAAUAGCGAGGAAAUACCCCUGA